UGGAGAGGCACCCAUCUAUAGUUUGGACUCCAUGUGCUGCUCAUUGCAUUGACCUCAUGUUGGAGGAUAUUGGAAAAAUCCCAUGGGUCAAGAUAUGUGUAGAAAGGGCAAGAAAUGUGUGCAAAUUUGUAUAUAAUCAUUCAUGGGUGUUGGCUCUUAUGAGACAAUACACAGAGUAGAAGGAGUUAGCUCGUCCAGGAAUCACAAGAUUUGCCACAAACUUCCUCACAUUGUAGUCCAUGCUUAGGUCUAAGUCUGCCUUGAGACGUAUGAUUGUUGGUGAGGAGUGGUCUUCCUCAUCCUAUGCUACCACCUCUACAGGGAUAGAGAUGGCAGACUGCAUUUUUGAUGAGCAAGGCUUUUGGGUCCCUUGUGAUGAGAUAGUGAAGUUUGUUAAGCCCUUGGUGGUUUUGUUGCGAGUUGCGGAUGGAGAUAAGCCUGCAAUGGGCUAUAUAUAUGAGGGCAUGGAUAGGGCGAAGGAGGCCAUUAGAUUCGUCUAUGGAGCAGAUGAGAGCACGUAUGGUCCCAUUUGGGAGAUCAUUGAUAGGAGAUGGCAUCAUCAGCUACAUAGGCCCAUCCAUGCAGCAGCCUAUUAUCUGAAUGCGGCAUUCCGUUUUAUCCCUUCUUUCAAGGCUGAUGCGGAGGUCCUUAAUGAGCUAUAUGCAAUCAUGGAGAAGAUGGGACCUGCUGGUACUUCUUAGAUAGACCUUUUUCGAGAGCUACAGAUGUUCUCAGAUGCACAAGGGGAGAUCUUCUCUCGUCCUGUCGCCAAAGACGGUAGGACAACUAUGAUGCCAGGUAAAAAUAAAUUGUUAGGCUUAAUUUUAGUUUUAUUCAAUACUAUAUUGUAACUUGUUAAAUGAGUUCAUGAGUGAGACUGAUUUUAUUUAUUUUUCUCAUUUCAAACUCACAUCA